AUGGAGAUGGCCAAGUAUCUGUCUCCAGUGACCGAGGCAGCCGAGAUCCAGCGUAUGAUCAACGCACACAAUGGAUCGCUGGGAAAUCCAGGUGCAAACAUCACCAAGUCGCCCUAUGGCAGACUUGAACUGUCCAAGACCACAUUUUACACAGGGUACCUCCUGUCAAAUGCCGACGCUGUUCGGAUAAUAGAUAACAUCUUCCUUCCACUAAUUUCAUCCAGCGUUGCUGACACCAGUGAAAUCAAGUUCAUGUCGAACAAUAUCCUGAUCACGCCACGGUCUGCUCCCAAACCCAUCCGUGACAAGGUUGGCGGACUGGGGAAGGUCGUCCGUUGGCGUCUCACGGACACAGGCCAUUUUGAACACAAGCUAUGGGCCGCAAGAGUAAGCCCGCUCGAUAGUUCAGUGGUCAUCCACACUGAUAAUCCAGAACCCAUCAUCAUUCUUGGUAUGCGCAAAGGCGUACGGCCGGCAGAUGCCAACAAGAUCCGUAACUGGACGCCAGUUACCAAGGAUGAUUCACUAGUAUUCGACACGGUAGUCGGUGAGAAGACCAUUCUGCGCGUGCAGGAAGAGGAUGUAGCACGGAACGGCGCUGCAAGCCGUGGAGGCAAGAGAAGAUUCCAGUCAGUCACUCGUGAUGAGGCAGACACAUCUACGCGGGAUUACCGCGAUAUGCAGCAGCAUCGGCCACCUGCCCCUGAAUAUUCAGGUGGGAGGCCCCCCCAGAACCACAAUAACCGCCAUUAUAACGGACCACCACCACCGUUCCGUGGGAACCGUGGCAGAGGUGGACGAGGUGGAAGAGGUGGCCAUGGCCGUGGUCGUGGCCGCGGUCCAGGAGGUAGAGACAACUACGGAUCCAGGUAUAGAUCCCUGGAUGACCAUGCUGUCGCGGCUGGCAGUCACGAUAACAUGAUGGACGGGAGAGGACCUGGCAGGGGACCUGGUGGUGGCCCAGUGAUGAACUAUUAG